CGUAUUUCUGUACCCUACAGUCGAGUCUUCAAAAAUGCCCUCUCAAGGCCCGACAGUCAUCGGCGUCGCCGUCUUCUUUGCCGUGCUGACCUUUGUCGUGCUCUCGUUGCGUCUGUUCACUCGCAUUUAUGUCUUUGGCCAAGUGAGACUCGACGAUUACCUCAUUAUCGUCGCGGCUUGUCUUUCCUGGUCCUUCAUCGCCGUCACCAUCGUCGCCGUUCAAAAUGGCCUGGGUAGACACAUCGACACCAUCACCGCCCCCGAGAUGGAGACGUACCUGCUGGUCGUCUGGCUGAGCUCCAUGUUCUACCUCGCCUGUCUGGGCUUCAUCAAGUCCUCCGUGCUGGUCUACUACACCCAUCUCGAGAACCGCAUGCUGACCCGUCUGGCGUAUAUCAUGCUGGGUGUCAUCUCCUGCCAGGCCGGCUCCUUCGUCCUUGUCGCUGCCUUCCAGUGCGGUCCCAUCCAUAAGGCGUGGGAUCCCACCGUGCCGGGAAAAUGCGUCAACAUCGACGUCUUUUACCUCGCCAACGCUGCCUUGAACAUCACUACCGAUCUCAUCACUUACAUGUUACCCAUGAACGUCAUCCUGCGUCUCCAUAUCCCUAAUCGUCAGAAAGCGGGCAUUCUCGUCAUCCUCUGUUUCGGAUUAUUUACUUGCAUCGCCUCCAUCAUCCGCAUAACUUAUAUUCCCAUCAUGCUCACUUCGCCGGACUCAACCUACGUGAUCAGCGGAGCCAUGUACUGGUCCGCCAUCGAGACAAACAUCGGGAUCUUGACCGCCUCCAUGCCCUCCUUCAAAGCCAUCUUGACCCAUUUCCUGCCCGACACACUCAGUCAGAGUAGUUACGUGCAGGGAUCGGAAUCACCCUCUCAGAUGGACCACAAGAGCAGCGAUGACGGUGAUGAGAGGGAGGGAAACAACCCCCACGGAGAGGAACAGGGGUAUGAGCAUGGAUCCUCGCAGAGAGAGAUUCAAAUCGACGGCGCGUUCGAAAUCGAGGGUCACCAAAUGACCAUGGAAUUGCCCCGGAUCGAUGAGCUGCACGUCCAACUCCCCAAGACGCUAGACAGCUCGCCGAUUGAAUAGGCGAGAGCGUAGCACGGAAGAUGUACGGGCUGACUGACUGACUGACUGACCGACUGGAGAGACAGGCCAACCGUGAUGCAUGGCAUCGUCCACUCUUUUAUCUAAUUUUCGUGUAGUAUUAUAACCUAUUAUAUCCUGAUUAUUCCACAUGGAGGGCUACAUACCUAACAAUUAACUUGUCC